AUGUCCGACGUCACAUACAAGGCAGCCAUUGGCCGUCCCCAUGGCAAACUAGACACGGACAAUAAUGGGCUCUCCCGUUACAUGUUUCAUAUAGACACUCCAGAGGGCAUAAAAGAUGGAAACGCUCCGGACCUUUCGCUCCAGUACUCCCAAGGAACUCCAAACGGCGUUCUGGGUCUGAGCUGGGGCCUCGGGGGAUUAUCAACCAUUCGCCGUGGCGCGCCAAAGGUGGUCUACGAUAAGCUAAACCCUCCUCCUCCAGGCUAUGACUCGACGACACCAAAGCUCAUUCUAGACGGUACAGACCUUCUGAAUAUUGAGGGGGAUUACCUCAAACCAGGCACAGUGUACACCACCGAGACGAACAAUACAGGCCUGGAAAUCAAGUCGCUAGGUGAAGGAAACGGUUUCUUAGCUACCGACAACACAGGCCGAAAGACUGAAUAUGGCACGACCAUCGACAGCUCUGUUCCCAUUACCGUAGAUCAAAGCAAUACGCGCGAGUGGCGAGUCAAAAGGCAGACUGACUGUCACGGCAAUACCAUCACAUACCAAUACGUGGCUUCUCCAGUACUUCGUGGUGACGUAAAAGAUGCCAACACCUCUUAUCUUGACACAAUCUCGUACUGCUCCAACAGUACCGCCAAGGUUCUAGCAACCCGCAUCGUCAAAUUCAAUUAUGAGCCGCGACCAGAUCUGGUAUUGCAAUCCGUCGAAGGCACUCUCAUUACGUGGGCGUGCCGCCUCAGCUCCAUAUCCAUUGGCGUCAUCCAAAAUGAUAAAACCAUAUUCAGUAGGACAUAUUCCCUUGGCUACAAUAUCUCACCAACAACAAAAGACUCAUUCCUGGAAAAGGUCACGGAGAGCGCCGGAGAUGGAGUGAGUAGAGUGGAUCUACUUCCGUCCUUGUUCACAUACACUGCUGGAUCAGAACCAGGCAAAAUCUUCAGCGCCCAGCCGUCGAUCCGUCUUUCACCCGAGAAAAAUAUUCUCACUAUUAUUCCGAUGAAUAUGACAGGUCGAUCGCUCACAGACUUGGCGUGUAUGGCAUGGGACGAGCCUAAGAAGACGCUGACCGUGAAAACGUAUAUCGCCAAUCGUGACGAGAAAGCCCUUAUCAGUUGGACAGCGUCAGAACACAACGCUUCCUUGAAAUUGCCGAAAUGGGAUCCAAAGGGUGGAGAAGCACCAUACUUUUUGACACCGGACCUUUUCGGCGACGGCCGCUCAGAUCUAAUCAUCCCUUACCAGAAUGACCAAGACAAACUCCAAUUCUUCAUCUCCCAAAGCAAUGGCUUAGAAUUGACUCAUGGUCAAACAAAUACGCCGACAGAAUAUCCAUGGGUACCUGAAUCAAGGUUCAUGGCUAUGAACAUGACGGGAACUGGAGUCAUCGAUGUGGUCCAGAUUUUCAAGAAUGGUGAGAAUAUUUCUUUUCGUAAUUUCUCGAGUAUCGCGACCAAAGGCGACAUCAAUCUGGUAAAGGCGCCCCAAACAGACACAACGUACAAAUUUGACAACACAAUCGAUUGGUUCCUCCUCAAGCACUCGGGGAGUGGGGCGGUCAGUCUUGUACGUAUCUGGAAAGAAUUUCUAUCCAAUGAUGUCAAUCAGUACCACAUCAAGACUACCUCAUUUCGUUCCUCAAAGGUGUUUGAUUCGAGCGAGGGCUUUGAUCGUACUGGCAAAGAGUCUGUUAUCGGAGGACCUUUUCAGAAAGAAGCUGAUGACAAGCCGAAAUGGAAUGUCUUAUCUUGCGACAUCAAUGGAGACGGCACUCAAGAUAUCGUGCUUGGUAAGGCGGAGCAUGUAUCGCCGAAUCUAAAGAUUAGUUUCCAGAUUUCCCUUGGUGAUGGUCAAGGCGCUUUCAACAAAGUCUCGGCAAAGGAUUUCACACUCCAAGCACCGAACCCAAAGACAGCUAAGGGCGGCAUGUUUUCAGUUACCAACAUCAAUGGUGGACUUUACCCAAGUCUUGCAUACGUGUAUCAGCAGGACGACAACAGCAUGGCCUGUUUCUCGGUCGAUGGUCGCUCCAAUGGCACUCUGAGCGAACUGACCCAGUACCCACUGACAGAUUUGAAUGGUAUCGGUAUGGGUGGUUGGCUGAUGUAUAGUCUCAACAACGAGCUUACCCCAACGCUCUUCCCUAUCUAUAAUACUACCCAGCCGACAGAUCUCCUUUCGUCAGCUCAGGAUCCUAUGGGGCUCGUGACCUCGGUCUCGUAUGGAUGUCUUUCUGACACAACUGUGUAUAAGUCCACAGAUCCGAGAGAUUACAUCGUGCAAGGAGCUCCUAAUUAUGUGGUCAAAACUCUCAUGCACACUAACAACCCGGAAAGAAACGCCCUCGACUUCAGCGUGUCGAUGAAAAAGACAUACUACCAGGCUAUGGUCAACAGCCAAGGGAGGGGUUGGCUAGGAUUCCAGUCAAUUCGCACGGAGAAUGUGACCGACAGUAUUCUUACGGAGGAAUGCUACUUCCAAAAGUUUCCCAAGAUCGGAAUCAAGUCGAAAAUUAAUACUCUUACGUUGCAAAACGAGCUACUAUCGUCCAAGGAGACAGACUACGAAGCAUUUUCGACUACCGCAAACCAGUGGAAAAUUUACCAUGUCAACAAAGUAUUUGACCAGCUCACGACGAUCGACCCAGAUGAGACCAAAAACAGAGUGCAGAGGACCGAAUUUACAUGCGAUAUAGACGGUAACAUAAUCCUCAAGCAUACUUCAGAGAUACAAGGAGGAGAGAUACAAGGAGGAACUCCCCUCAAGCAUACUUCUCCGGUAUUUCAGUCCUGGGAAAGGUGCACUUACGACACUAUCAAUGGAAUCAAGGGUUUGUUGGCGAGUAAGAAGCUUACCGGUGUGGAACAGAACCAGAAAAGCAAGGAGUUUGAGAAAGGUGAUGUUUCUCUGGUAUGCUACGCAUACAACAAAAUUACGGCCAUUCUAGAGACCGAAUCACGGUGGUCCGACGACGUUUCGAAGUUUUUGACCACUACUCAUGCAUUUGACCAAUUCGGGAACGAGGUAUCUGUGGUCGAUCCCGCGGGAUUAACUACAAAAACGACCUACGAUGACACUUUCCACAACCUUGCCAUCAGCCAGGAGGAAGUUGGCAAAGGGGUCUCCACUAGGACAUCUUUCGCCUACGAUCAGGCAAGCGGAGAGUUGGUGGCGAAACUUGAACCCACCGGGCGCCUGACCUGUAUUCAGAUCGAUAACUUCGGUAGGAAGAUUGAGACACGCUUGAAAAGCCUUCAACAAACACCCUCUUCUGUUGCGGCCUCUGACUUCCUCAAAAGUCCGUUGCCGUUGAAAACUGAUCGAAUCCUCGAAGACAAGCUCAAAGAUCCGCUCUGUCUUCUGGAUCCCUUCGAGAUAUACAGCUAUGACAUCCUAAAGGGCCCUGUAAAGGACACUGCGCAAGCACCCAGACAGUAUCUGUCUACUAGAACAAUGUCAUACUUCAAUGCGCAAGACACUGGGCAGCGUGAAGUGGGCACAAGUAAUCAUGUCUCUUGGAAAUACUGGACUUUCGACUCCCGUGGCAACACCACGUUCGAAAGCUUCCCGAUUUCAAACAAUGCGAACAACUUGGAGUACGUACCAGAGCCGACAACAGAAGGCACAAUCUCUACUCGGCCGAGUCACAACGACCCAACGGUCAAAGUGAUGUCGACUUUGCAAUAUUCCAGGGGUGGCGCAAGCGUCUCAGAGACCGUACAAUGGCCUGAUCCGAACCCCGGGGGUAAGGAUGUUGUGCUGUGGACAUCGCCUCGCAGCUUCGUCUCCAUCGACGGCAAGGAACACGUGCAAUCCGUAACUCAUCAGAAGGACUUGCUAUCGGAAUUCAGAUAUGAUGCUGCCGGCAACUUGGUAUCAGCUGUCGAUCCAACUAAAGAAACGGAAGAGACGAGAGAGUAUAGUUCAAUUGGCCAACUUCGUGUCACGAACAACAUCUAUCAGAAGAUGACAGUCACAGGGAAGCCAUCGGUUGCAGCAAUGACCUACGUAUACGAUGACAUGGGCCAGCUCAUCAAAACUGUGAAUGCAAAUGAAGAGUCUAUUACGUUUAAGAGAGACAGCAAGGGACGGCCACUUCGCAAAAUAGGCUCUGAUGGUCGAGUCCUCAUGUACGAGUACGACAAGGAUCGAGACUAUCUUUUGUCUAUGACCGUUCACCCCCAGGGGGAACUCAAACCUCUUGAAACUCAACUGAAUUUCACAUACGAUGAGCUCGGUCAGCUCAGAUCCCGGACGUUGGUUCUCGCCGAUGGAAAGGAAUAUGAGACCAAUUUCACCUACGAUUGGCAUGGACAGACAACAACAAAAUCAUAUGCCAACAAAGCGGUGAAAGAGAAUCAGUACAUGGGAGCGCUGCUAACUUACAGCUUGAUCCGAGAACAAUCCACAACAGGCCAUGGAGAAAAGUGGCUCGACAGUCGUUUCGAAUACAUGGAUGCUGUGGGCAAACCGAGCAGGAUCGUGGUCGGAGAAGCGAGCAUGGAAAGUCACUUUGAGCACACAUUCGCGUAUGAUCGCCAGUCAUACCCGCUCAGUCACAGCCUUGACCAGAGAAUACCUGACACCGGAUCGCUCAACCACCUUGUCAAUGAGGCGUACGCCUAUAAUGGAGCUGGUCAGCUUACUAGUAAUCGGAACGAGAUCAGCGGUACAAUUAUCACCUCUGGCCCUGACGACAAAUCGGUCAUAAGGGAAGAACCUAAUAAUGGGGGAACUACGCUCAUGGUAGGCGAGGAUUACAGCGUACGGGCCCAGGCAGAUGGCUCAAAGAUCACCACGCUCAAGCUCAUGUCAGAUCCCAAGGACGAUGCCACCCCCAGUAGCUCUGACAAGCCUAAUAAGAAGGAUGCUGCCAGGGCUGUAUUCACUGACAGCAAGGGUAACGUGAAGUACAAGUUCAGGGGUUCUGACGGAAGUCGGCUUCAAACUAUCACGUACGACGACUUUGGCGCUCCAACCAUCUGUCCAGUACAGGCUGAUGGUCCAACGGCGGACAUGACCGCAACUUUUGAGUCGAAGAAGCUAGACUUAUCAACCCAACUCCUCGACUUUGGAUCUCGGUGGUAUGAUCCUUUGGUGGGACGCUUCACAUCGCCAGAUGACAUCCUAGAUGUAAAGUUGCUCGCGAAGACCCACGGGCUGAACCGGAUGGCUUUCGAGAACAAUGAUCCUAUCAAUAACACGGAUCCGACCGGGCAAUUUUCACUAUCAGCCAUCUUUGGUACAAUUAUUGGUGGUCUUAUGGUCGGCGCCGCUAUCUUCGCUACUGUAGCAUCAGGUGGAGCUUUAGCACCACUUGCUGCUGCUGGCGUGGGAGCUCUAUUCUCAGGCGGCAUCGCAGGCAUCAAGUAUUCACUUGACCACCGGAAUGAGCGAGGCGGCAAGUUCUGGGCUGGUUUUAUACCCACCGUGCUUGUCAAUGCAGCCAUCGGAGGAGCGACGGGAUAUCUGGGCGCCGUGGCAACGCCUGCAAGCUUAGUGAGCGCAACGGGCCGCCUCGGGCAGGCUGCAGGCUGGUCUCUAAGCUCCGCGACUACCAACGCAAUUGGCAAGGCCGCCAGUUUUGGCAGCGGUGCCCUUAUCGGGGCCACAAGCUCGCUGCUCACCACUGUGGCGCAUAAUGUCAUUGAAAACGCCGUAUACGACACGCACUACGGUGUCUUCGAGGGCGCAGGGAUAGCCGCACUGAUGGGUGGUGCGAUAGGCGCCGCAGCGAGUGGUUGGGGAGCUGCCAGGUAUAAGGGAGAAAGCGUGGCAGCUACUAGAACUCCAUCGCUUGGCAAAGGACUUUGGAGUGUUGCACAGGCUGACGGAGACAUGCAGAGACUCAAGCAGUGGGGUGAGCAAAAGGCGACAAACUGGUAUCAGGAUCGCGAGCGGGAACUCAAGGAAUUGUCGAGUAUGUUUGGGCCGAGUGGCAAGGUGGGAUCACUGAACAUUGAGUUGUCGAGGAAUCAGUUGUAUGUAAACUAUGGGUGAAGGGAGGUACAAAGAGAAAUACUUCUUGAAUGGAGGAUUGCGACGUAUUGUAUUAAACGCGAAAGUGCCUUUAGAAACAAUUGGUAGCACAACGAGCUCUGCUAAGUAAGAUUUCACAACGACU